GGAGGAAUCAAGCUGUCAAAGGCAUGUGACAGUGACAUAAGAAUUCACUUAUUGACAGUGACGUAAAAGAAUAAAUGAAACGAUUUUGUGUUGCACCGCAAAGUUUGCGUCAGUUAUAAAUAUGUACAGUAAUUUUGUCAGACCAACGACUACGCCUGCUGCAAACCGACAUUUUAAUUCCAAAGCCUUGAGUGGAGAGGAAGCAAAGAGAUUGUAUAUUGAAGAAAUCAAGGGUGCGAAAGACCCCUCACAACUACCACGUGAUAAACCACAAUCACAACAUGUAAAUAAAACUAAGACUGUAGAAGAGCCGCGCUUAUCGGACAAAGAGCUGUUUCUGACGGUACAAAACAACGAUGUAAACACUUUAAAGGCAGUUUUAGACAGGUAUCCUGAUAAGAUAAAUAAGAUUGACAAGUUUGGAUGGAGCUUACUCAUGAUAGCUUGUCAGGCGAAUUCUGUUGAAACAGUUCAGGAGUUACUAGGUCGUGGUGCAGAUGUAGAUGUCCGAGAUAAAGCUGGGAACUCUGCCAGAAGCUUAAUCAUAAAAAACAAAAACUUUUCACUAGCUAGCAUAUUUGUUACACAUAGAAACAGUAUUGAAAUACAAAAUGUAACUGUAGAUGACAGUAAAAUGAGAACUAAAGAUAAAGAAAAAUAUUUUUGUGAAACUUGUAGAAAUGAAUUCCAAGAUAAACAAGAACAUAUGUCUUCCACAAUCCAUAACAUAAUGUCGAGUAAACACAGAAAGUUACCUGUGAAUUAUGUAAUACCAUCUUCUAACAAGGGCUAUCAAAUCAUGUUAAAAGUUGGUUGGGACAAGGAAUCUGGCUUGGGCCCUGAUGGUUCUGGUAAAAAAUAUCCAAUCAAAACUGUGCAAAAGAAAGAUCGAAAAGGUCUUGGACUAGGUAAAAUAAAAUUGAAGAAUAAAGAUGAAUGUAUGAAGGAUACUGAUAAAAGAAUGACUAAGAAAAGAAAACACAUUGAGAGACAAUUUGAAGUAAAUUUUAGAAGAGAAUUUUAUUGAUAAAAUGC